AUGAAACCAUUCACAGAUGAAGAUGUAGAAAUCUACAUCCAGAGCAAGGUGGAAAGGCGGCAUUGCCUGGUUUCCAAAGCAGUGGAGGAGGUGCAGAAAAUCAUCCAGCAACUGACUGCAGAAAUCAGCUACAAGGCCGUGCGAUUCCAGGCUAUCUCCAACUCUGGCAUUCACAAUGAGAACAUCAAGGUGUUAGCACCCAGCCAGUUCCUCAUCACAGUUCCUCUGCGUGGCCUGACGGGUUACAGGGAAUGCCAGGUACGGCACUGGCGCUAUUACACCGUGCACGGAGCCAAGCUCCUCUCCUCCGUGCGGGACCCUGAGGAACUGCAUCAGUGGCUGGAGGUGGAGCAGUUCUCAAAAAGCCUCCAGCAGUGGCAUGAAGAGGAUGUGAACAUCGAAGGUGAUCUGGUUCCGGCCAAAGUCCUUAUCGUCUUCCGGGAGCUGGUGGAGAAGUCAAUUGUCUCCUGUAACCUCUCCAAUAAAGUGACAGUGCUGGAGAGCUUCAGCUCAGUGGUCCGUGUGGCUGUGGAGACAUCAGAAUCCCAGGUUGAGGUGGAGCUGGUCCCUGCUGUGGAGAUUCCAACGUGCUGGCCUGAGAAAGCCCGGUGGCCUCGUUGCCUUAAGCGUUGGCCUUCUCAGGAAAAAGUGCAAUGCAUCAAGUCGCUGGGAUUUGACCUCCUAGCCCGCUCUAAUUAUCACUGGCAGCUGUGCUUCUCCCGUGCUGAGCACAUCCUCAUGGAGGGACUUGAUGAAGAUGGUGGCUGUCGCAGGAAGUGCUUCAGGGUCAUGAGGCAGAUGAAGGAAGAUGUCUGGUGUGCUGGCAAUAAGCCUGUCAUCACAGCUUAUCACCUUCAGACAGUGCUAUUCUGGACGUGUGAAAAAUACCCACGCACCAAGGAUUGGCGCUGCUUCCCUGAAGCCUUUCUGAGGCUGGUACAGAAGCUGCACAAGUGUGUAAGCCAGCACUUCCUCAAGCAUUACUUUCUCAAGAACACCAAUCUGCUCAAAUAUGCCAACACCAGUGACCUGGACCUGGUGGCCAGCAAGCUGGCAGUCUUCUUGGAGAACCCUGUUUUCUGCCUGGACUAAGGCAGGCAAAGGUCAUACCCCAACCCUGAGUGGAUCCCCCAGCUC